AUGAAAAGCUCAUAUGUUGUUUCUAGCAGCUUUGAUCAGGAGAGACCAGCCUCCCCUGAACCCAGCUGUGUGUCCCUGAAGAGUGACCGGUCUAGGAAUCAUCCUAUUCAUUUCAAAGAUGGACACCACUCUAAACAACAGAGAGUCCACCAGGAGAGCUCAGAGCUUCCCAGUGGUCAGUCGGCCAAGGAGCAUCAAACAGACCUGGACUCCAUAUUGAAGGUUCUUGAGGAGGACAUCGCCACUUUUGUGAAGAACGAGCUGAAAAGAAUCCGGAGGGUCCUUGGUCCAGGAUACCCAGAAUGCUCAGAGAAUCAGAGUGAGGAUGAGAAGGUGAUGGAUGAGGAGGAAGAGCAGCAGAGGAACAACAGAGAGGCUUUUCUGCAGAUCACACUGCACUUCCUGAGGAGAAGGAAGCAGGACAAGCUUGCUGACUCUCUGCACAGCAAAACUCUCGCUGCAGCGUGCCAACAUAAACUCAAAUCUAAUCUGAAGCAGAAGUUUCAGUGUGUGUUUGAGGGGAUUGCCAAAGCAGGAAACCCAACUCUUCUGAACCAGAUCUACACAGAGCUGUACAUCACAGAGGGAGAGAGUCUAAAGGUCAAUGAUGAACAUGAGGUCAGACAGAUUGAAACAGCAGCCAGGAAACCAGCCAGACCAGAAACUGUAAUAACAUGUGAAGACAUCUUUAAACCUUUACCUGGAAGAAAUACACCAAUCAGAACACUGAUGACAAAGGGAGUGGCAGGCAUUGGGAAAACAAUCUUAACACAGAAGUUCACUCUGGACUGGGCUGAAGGCAAAACUAACCAGCAUGUACACUUCACCUUUCCAUUCACUUUCAGAGAGCUGAAUCUGCUGAAAGAGAAAAAGUUAAGUUUGGUGGAACUUCUUCAUCACUUCUACACUGAGACCAAAGAAGCAGGAAUCAGAAAGUUUGAGCAGUUCCAGGUUGUGUUGAUCUUUGACGGUCUGGAUGAGUGUCGACUUCCUCUGGACUUUAAGAACAACCAGAUCCUGACUGAUGUUACAGAGUCCACCUCAGUGGGUGUUCUGCUGACAAACCUCAUCAAGGGGAAACUGCUUCCCUCUGCUCGCCUCUGGAUAACCACACGACCAGCAGCAGCCAAUCAGAUCCCUCCUGAGUGUGUUGACAUGGUGACAGAGGUGAGAGGCUUCACUGACCCACAGAAGGAGGAAUACUUCAGGAAGAGAUUCAGAGAUGAGGAGCAGGCCGGCAGAAUCAUCUCCCACAUCAAAACGUCACAAAGCCUCCACAUCAUGUGCCACAUCCCAGUCUUCUGCUGGAUCACUGCUACAGUUCUGGAGGACAUGUUGAAAACCAGUGAGGGAGGAGACCUGCCCAAGACCCUGACUGAGAUGUACAUCCACUUCCAGCUGGUUCAGUCCAAAGUGCAGAACAUCAAGUAUCACGGCAGAGCUGAGACAGAUCCACUCCGGACUCCAGAGGAGAUGAUACUGUCUCUGGGAAAACUGGCUUUCGAGCAGCUGGAGAAAGGCAACCUGAUCUUCUAUGAAGAAGACCUGACAGAGUGUGGCAUUGAUAUUAAAGCAGCCUCAGUGUACUCAGGAGUGUUCACACAGAUCUUUAAAGAGGAGCGUGGGCUGUACCAGGACAAGGUUUUCUGCUUUGUCCAUCUGAGCAUCCAGGAGUUUCUGGCUGCUCUUUAUGUCUUUCUGACCUUCAUCAACUCUGGUGUCAAUCUGCUGUCAGAGCAACAAUCGACCUCCAGGUGUUUUUCAGUAUUCAACAAGAAAUCUAAAUUAAAACACCUCCUCCACAAUGCAGUGGACAAGUCCUUACAGAGUCCAAAUGGACACCUGGACUUGUUUCUCCGCUUCCUCCUGGGUCUUUCAGUGGAGACCAACCAGAGUCUCUUACAAGGCCUGCUGACACAGACAGGAAGUAGCUCACAGACCAACAAGAAAACAGUCCAGUACAUCAAGGAGAAAAUCAGAGAGGAUCCAUCUCCAGAGAGAAGCAUCAACCUUUUCCACUGUCUGAAUGAGCUGAAUGACAAUUCUCUAGUGGAGGAGAUCCAACAGUACCUGACUUCAGAGAGUCUCUCCACAGAAAAUCUCUCCCCUGCUCAGUGGUCAGCUCUGGUCUUCAUCUUACUGUCAUCAGAAGAAAAACUGAAUGUGUUUGACUUGAAGAAAUACUCUGCUUCAGAGGACGUUUUUCUGAGACUGCUGCCGGUGGUUAAAGCCUCCAAAAUAUCUCUGCUGAGCGACUGUAAUCUGUCAGAGAGAAGCUGUGAGGCUCUGGUCUCAGUUCUCAGCUCCCAGUCCUCCAGUCUGAGAGAGCUGGACCUGAGCAACAACCACCUGCAGGAUUCAGGAGUGAAGCGUCUCUCUGCUGGACUGAAGAGUCCAAACUGUGAACUGGAGACUCUCAGGCUGUCAGGCUGUCUGCUCACACAGGAAGGCUGUGCUGCUCUGGCCUCAGCUCUGAGCUCCAACCCCUCCCAUCUGAGAGAGCUGGACCUGAGCUACAAUCAUCCAGGAGCCUCAGGAGAGAAGCUGCUCUCUGCUGGACUGGAGGAUCCAACCUGGAGCCUGAAGACUCUCAGUGUGGAACAUGGUGGAGAGCAGAUGUUGAAACCAGGCCUGAGGAAGUAUGGUUGCGAACUCUCUCUGGACCCAAACACAGCACACAGAAACCUCUCCCUGUCUGAGGGCAACAGAAAGGUGAUGCUGAUGAGAAACAAGCAGCCAUAUCCUGAUCACCCAGAGAGAUUUGAGGAAAAGCGUCAGGUGAUGUGUGGCACUGGUCUGACUGGGAGGUGUUACUGGGAGGCUGAGUGGAAAGGAAAGGUUGAUAUAGGACUGACAUACAGAGGAAUCAGUAGAAGAGGAGACAGUGAUGACUGCUGGCCUGGAGGAAAUGACAAGUCCUGGAGUCUGUAUUGCUCUAGUAAAAGUUAUGUUGCUGUGCACAAUAACAGAAGAAGAAACACACACAUACACCCCUCCUCCUCCUCCUCUGGCAGAGUAGCAGUGUAUCUGGACUGGCCUGCUGGCUCUCUGUCCUUCUACAGCGUCUCCUCUGACGCUCUGAUCCACCUCCACACCUUCACCUGCACCUUCACUGAACCUCUGUACCCUGCGUUUGGACUUGGAUUUGAGUCUGGGUUGUUUGCUUCUUCAGUGUUUCUGUGUUAG